AUGGCUGUCAGCGCCAUGAACUCUGAGUCCCGCACACCUCAACCCCAGGCCGGCCUGGCUAAAGGAGGCCCUUCCGUGCUCCCCACUGGGGCCCUGAGUACCAGGCUGAGCACUCAAGGGAGGCACUAUGUUUGUGGUUCCCUUGCUGCUGGCACUAAUAUUGUGGUGACCUUCCCCAUCCAGAAGGUGCUGUUCCGCCAGCAGCUACAUGGCGUGUUGGCCAUUGAGGCUGUGCGUCAACUCCAGAGGGAUGGGCUGCGGAACCUUUACCGGGGAUUGCUCCCCCCGCUGCUCCAAAAGAGCACCACUGUGGCCAUCAUGUUCGGCCUGUACGAGGACUUCUCCAGAGUGUUACUUGAUCAGGCAGGCAGCAGUGGUGUGCCAGAGAUCGUCACGAGAAGCUUUGCCGCAGCGUUGGCGGGAACUGCGGAAGCCGUCCUUACGCCGUUUGAGCGUGUCCAGACUCUCCUACAAGACCAUCGGCACCACGGGCGCUUCAACAACACCGCCCACACCUUCCGGACUCUUCUGACGGAGUACGGCGUCAGAGAGUGUUACCGUGGUCUGGUGCCCAUCCUCCUCCGUAAUGGCCCCAGCAAUGUGCUCUUCUUUGGGCUUCGGGGGCCCAUCAAAGAGCUGCUGCCAGAGGCCACUAACCGGGCCGGCCAUUUGGUUAAUGAUUUUGUGUGCGGAGGGUUGCUGGGGGCCGCUCUUGGCAUUAUGUUUUAUCCAUUAAACGUGGUCAAAUCCAGAGCUCAGUCUCAGGUUGGGGGAGCCUUCCAGCCGUGCAGGGAGGUGCUGUUAACCGUGUGGCGAGAGAGGGGUGGCAGCCUGGCCAUGCUCUUCAGAGGGGCUCAUCUUAACUACCACCGCUCGCUGCUCUCCUGGGGGAUCAUCAAUGCCACCUACGAGCUGCUGCUCAAGCUCUUAUGA